GACAACGUCAAGUUGUAUAGCUGGCGUCAAUAAAUACACAAAAACAGUCGUCGAAGAAAAAAGGAGUUGAAAUUGUAAAGUCAGUCUCUCCGACUCUUGCUUCCUUCCGUGUUCGUCAUUGCUCCACGAAAUAUAUCCGAUGCCAAGUCGUCGGAGACAUAGCUACGCCGGCGGAUCUUCUCCUGCGACCACAUCUUCUAAUUACAGUAACACUACUUUCACCGAUCGUUCCUUCCCUACCCCUGCCCGUACACCCACCGACAAAUCCAUCUCCAUCGCUCGCCGGAUCUCCGGUAUCUUCAUCAGCUGCUUCACUCCUCCCGAUCCCGAUAUCGACCAUUCAAAGUCAGCUUCCGACAAUAAUAUCCGUAGUAGACGUAGCUCGACAGGAAGUGUACAGAGGAAUUAUGGAAAUGCAAGCGAAACAGAGUUCACCUUCGAUGAAAUCUACGACGCUACCAAGAACUUCUCUCCAUCCUUCAGAAUCGGUCAAGGCGGUUUUGGCACUGUUUACAAGGUCAAACUCCGAGAUGGCAAAACCUUUGCUGUCAAACGUGCCAAAAAGAGUAUGCAUGACGACCGUCAAGGUGCAGAGUUUCUGAGUGAGAUUCAGACCUUGGCUCAAGUUACGCAUUUGAGUUUGGUUAAGUACUACGGAUAUGUGGUUCACGACGACGAGAAGAUUCUCAUUGUCGAGUAUGUCGCCAAUGGAACUCUUAGAGAUCACUUGGAUUGCAAGGAAGGAAAGGCUCUCGACAUGGCGACUCGGCUAGAUAUCGCAACUGAUGUAGCUCAUGCCAUAACCUAUCUUCACAUGUAUACACAGCCACCUAUCAUCCACCGAGACAUCAAAUCUUCAAACAUUCUCCUUACUGACAAUUUCAGAGCCAAGGUUGCUGAUUUCGGUUUCGCAAGAUUAGCUCCAGAUACCGAAUCAGGAGCCACCCAUAUCUCAACACAAGUCAAAGGAACCGCUGGUUACUUAGACCCAGAGUACUUAACCACGUAUCAACUCACAGAGAAAAGCGACGUCUACUCCUUUGGUGUGCUGCUCGUCGAGCUUCUCACAGGUCGGCGUCCCAUUGAGCUUAGCAGAGGACCAAAAGAACGCAUCACCAUUAGAUGGGCGAUCAAGAAGUUCACGAGUGGAGAUACGAUAUCGGUAUUGGACCCGAAGCUAGAACAAAAUCCAGCGAACAACUUAGCAUUAGAGAAGGUUUUGGAGAUGGCGUUUCAAUGUCUAGCUCCUCAUAGACGUUCGAGACCAAGCAUGAAAAAAUGCAGUGAGAUUUUGUGGGGAAUUCGUAAAGAUUACAGAGAGUUGCUCAACACAAGUCUUUGAGAUUCUAUACGCCUUAUAUAAUAUGGUUUUGAAAAAACUAUUAUCAUUUGUUUCAAUAUUAAUUUGUCAUACACGAUGAUUCUUGUACGAGAAUUGUUGAUUUGUAAUUGAUUUCUCUUUUGAAACAUAAUAAUAUUAACGUUUAUUU